AUGGCACCGUUUGUGCCGAAUCGGUUGAACAAUGGGCAAAUGUCGAAUGAUCCAGCCGCUCUUUCCGAAGCAUUCAAUGAAUUGACCCGUCUCGACUGGGAAUUGGCCACAAUUCACACACAAGUCGCAACUCUCAUUCUGCACUAUGAAACGGAAAUCAAGAAGCUGAAAACCCGUCUACGAGACGGUGGACUCGAUGCAGGCGAUGAGGCGGAGAUGGUCAAUGCUGAAGAGAUGAAUACGUUGAGCAACCCGGGCGGAGCAUCUCAACUUGCGCGAAAAAUUCUCACCCGUUUGGCGCAAGGAUCACAAGAAGAUUCAGCACACAAAAAUCUCAUCGCCAUCAAAUCUUUGCCAGCUUCGAAACACUUG